AAGAGGAGACACUUUUGAGAUUUGACUAGGAAAAUGGCGUCAAUGGUGAUGACGGAGACGGACGAACGGAGUCCCCUACUUCAAAAUUCUUCUCACUCUGCCGGAGAGAUCACUGCUUUUGCUUCACCGUCACCGGAACAUCAUGGCGGACCUUCAUCUGCUACUAGACCUACCGAUCCUAAACAGCGCCUCGUCUCUCUCGACGUUUUCCGUGGUCUCACCGUUGCUUUGAUGAUUUUGGUUGAUGACGCCGGAGGAGCUUUCCCUUCGAUAAACCAUUCUCCAUGGUUUGGUGUUACACUCGCCGACUUCGUGAUGCCUUUUUUCCUCUUUAGCGUUGGUAUCUCCGUUAGUCUUGUAUUCAAGAAAGUUUCUAGCAAACCAGCAGCCACAAAGAAGGUCCUACUCAGAACUAUCAAGCUCUUUCUCUUGGGUUUAAUUCUUCAAGGUGGAUACUUCCAUGGACGUGAUGAUCUAACUUAUGGCGUUGAUGUCAACCAGAUAAGGUGGAUGGGCGUGUUACAGAGGAUUUCAAUCGGAUAUCUGCUGGCUUCAAUAACCGAGAUAUGGUGUGUUAACAAUAACGAAGUCAAUUCAGCCAUAACAUUUGUAAAGAAAUACUACAUUCAGUGGCUGUUUGUUUUUGUACUAGGUGUAUUAUACAUGUCUUUGUUGUAUGGUCUUUACGUCCCAGAAUGGAGCUUUGAAGUAUCAGAAUAUGGGAAGGAGACUCAAAUCGUACACUGUGGGGUCAGGGGUAGUCUAGAACCUCCUUGCAAUGCAGUUGGCCUGAUUGAUCGGCUUCUCCUUGGUGAAAGCCAUCUGUAUAAACGUCCUGUUUACAAGAGAACACAGGAAUGCAGUAUCAAUUCUCCAGAUUAUGGACCCCUCCCACCAAAUGCCCCUUCUUGGUGUCUUGCUCCAUUUGAUCCAGAGGGCCUCUUAAGUUCAUUAAUGGCUGCGAUUACGUGCUUCUUGGGGUUACAGUAUGGACAUGUUAUGGUGCAUUAUAAGGGUCAUAUGCAUAGGAUUGGUAUAUGGUUGGUGUGUUCUUCCUCUCUUCUUAUCUUGGGAUAUGUUCUAAUGGUGAUAGGUGUAACAUCCUUUUGUUUUUUGCUACUUACUUUUAAAUUUCAGUUAAUAUUGGAUUUUAUUUUUUAUGCCACGUCAUCUGUUCCAGGUAUUCCUUUAUCCAAACCAUUAUACACAUUAAGUUAUAUGUGCAUCACAGCAGGAGCAUCAGGCGUUCUCUUGAUUGCUAUUUUUUACAUGGUUGAUGUGAUAAAAAUUCAAAAACCCACAAAGUUGUUUCAGUGGAUGGGAAUGAAUGCUCUGAUUGUUUAUGCUUUAGCUGCUUGUGACAUUUUUCCAGCAGCUUUACAAGGUGUUUAUUGGCGUUCCCCUGAAAACAACCUGGUUAAUGCUACAGAGUCGUUUAUUCAGGCCACACUUCAUUCUGAGAGGUGGGGUAAGUUGGUUUUUGUUUUUCUGGAAAUUAUAUUCUGGGGUCUUGUCUCGGGAUUUCUCCAUGUAAAGGGUAUUUAUGUAAAACUAUAAAACUCGUCAACAACUUCCCCUGUGUAAUUAGUUUUUUUUUCCUCUUUCAGUUUCUGAAUGUUAUCAGUUUGAUCUUACGUGUCAUGUUAAUAACACAUUUUCUCGUUUUAUGCAAUUUCUUUUGCCUCUA